CUUCUUCUUUUCCCCCUUUUGCGGCAGUACAUUCUUCCUUUCCUCUUCGUCAAGCAUGCUGCGGAAUGGCAACAGUGACCACCUCUGCUGACCAGAAGCAGAUUGCAGCACCCGAGGAUGCCUCCAAUACCUCGGACAAGAAGGCAAAGGAGACCAGCCGCAAGGAAUCACUGAGCGGAGCCGCCGCCCGAGCUGCCUUUGGGUCCCUCGCAUUCCUCUUCAGACUGCCGAUUAGGCUCUUCAGGCCGGUCAAAUUAUCGUCAUGGACCGUCCUCGAGAGCAUAGCAAAGCGCGAGAACAAGCAACUCUCAAUGAGGUAUGUCUGGACGCUCUUUCGGAGAGAGAACAAGGGCUUCAUUGUGCAUCUUCUUGGGCCUCCCAUUCUAGCAAAUACCCUCAUCGGCUUCUGUCUCUUCGAAGGGUACUCUUUCGCCGAGUCAAGGUUGCUGCGCCUCUAUCGUCCCAAUCAGGUGCAAGACAGUUCCCCAAAGAGAGGAGACAAGGAAAAAUGGACGCCUUUGUGGAUAGUAGCUUUCUCUGGUGGCUUCGCUGGCGCUGCCCAAUGCCUCAUAUCCGCGCCUCUUGACAAUGUCCGCCUCGUCUUGAGCUCGCAACAGCACAAAUCGAGGCAGAGACCUGGGAGCGCGAAGAAGCACUCUACGACGAUCUCAUGGCGAUCGAUUAUUCGAGCCGCUGUGCUUCCGUUCGCCCCUUCCACGAAUCAGCAUCGCAAGUUGGUCAAGGCUAUGAACACUGGCACCGCAGAGAAGUCCAGUCAACCAUUGGGACAGGAAGCCGGUUCGUCGCAAGCAAGAAGGUUCCUCAACACUGAGCAGCGCAAGAUGAUACAGAGAACCCUGAAAAAUGUCAGUGGUGGGGUUCAUGGGGCUGGACUGCUCAUGUCCUUAGCCAGAGACAGCGUGGGCUUCGCCUCGUUCUUCUUCAUCUUCGAGGUCUCGCGAAGAAUAGCUCACGGUACCUCCAUGGCAACUGACCAUGUCAUUGCUUGGUUUAAUGCGUCCAGCACGCUGCCUCCUGGGCGGUCCGGGCCAGACAUUGAUCAAGAUGGAAGUGGAACUUACAAGACUGCGGCCAUUGACGCAGACUUCAGCUAUAAUGCAAGUAGAACCAAGACAGGCAGAGUCAUCGCCGCCUUUGUUCUGAUCGUGGGUGGUGGUCUAGGAGCUCUCUGCUACGAGUUGGUAGGGAGACCUUUUGAGCUGAUGAGGGUAGUCAUCUGGACUGGACGACGCAAGUGGCAAGCAGAGACCAACAGGCAGAAGAGGACCACGGCCGGUGCACGAAGUCUGCGGCAUCUGAAGGCCAAUGGUCAUGUAGUAGCAGCUCAAGCGCCCAAUGUUGCAGCAAGUCGGCUGGAAAGCCUGGUCACGCUACGAGCGGCCAACUCAGCAGGAUCGAGACUGAGUAGGAUGCAAGCUCUGCUAGGUCAAAGUCAUCCUCCCCAUCCUCUUCGGCUCCUUACUGGCCAACGGAAGCCGAGGGUGGCAGCUGAAGGUGUAGCUGCCAAAGCGCCUUCGCAUGAGAGUACUAGAGAAACGCCGCAGUGGGCGAGGAAAGCGCCUCCUCGGGCUCCAGCUCGGCCGCCGAGCGCAAUCUCCUUGCUGAUCGAGCACGCCGAAAGGACUAGCACCCUUGCCUACACUUCCUCGUCUCAGAAGUUCAGGACGGCCGUUCCGAACUCGGUCCUACUGGUCCAUACGUACUUUAUCGCCCCAUACCUUGCCUCUCUCACCACAGAUGAUGGUCGAGUGAAACUGAAAGGUUUCAUGGCCAAGGAUAUCUCCUCGUCGCCUUCUCGUCGAGGUAGCGUCUCGAGUACAGCUCGCUCAGCAGCCUCCUUGCUGUCGAAAUGGACUAACAAGAACCCAGUGUCGACCUCUAUCAACAUCCCAUCGAAAGUGUUCAAGAGGCACGGUCGGGGCAUCUCGGCUGGCUCGCAUGCAGGGUUGAGCUACCUGCCGCCGAGGCCGCAGGGCGCUCCAGGCUCCAUUGCGACGAGCUCCUUGGCGCAGCGAUGGGGUUCUGGCAGAGUUGCUUGGGCGCUCAAACGAUUGGCAAGCCCAUAUGCAGUGGGAUUCUUUGCCUUUGCUAUCAUGAGCGGGGAGGUGUGAUCAGAGAAAAGAGCGGAACAGAAUUGGACACCUCUGGAAACAGCUUCUGCUUCUUUUCAAUUGUAAAUGUAAAUUUCAUCUCAUUGACCAUCAAUCUCACAAUUCUGAAGGCUCC